CGGCGGCAGAGGCGGCCAGGCAAUUCAGCAAGGGACAGUCCGGCUGGCUCUGCCUGCCUAACCCAGCCCAGUGACCUCCCCUCGAGCUGACCACUCCCCUCGGCGGGCUGCCCUGGGCUCCCACAAACAGCCCCGGCUCCCAGGAGUCAGCCUCGUUCCCGUGUCCAGCUGGGUGCUGCUCCCCACUUUUCAGGCGGACAAUCUCUCUUGGACGAGCCAGAAAGGUGCUCGACCCCGGCCAUGCUGGCGUUGGUGUGCUCCUGCCUGCUCCUGGCGGCCCUCCCAGCGGACACCUGGAGCGGCCCGGCCGCAGUGGAGCUCGGCUCAGACACGGUGGAGCAGAUCCGUGACACGCACGCCAAAGUCACGGAGAUCUGGCAGGCGCUCACGCAGCAGCGGGCAGCGCAAGGCGAGCCGGCCGGGGCGCUCCACGCCGUCUGCCGGGUGCAGCCGUCGGCCACGCUUGACGCCGCGCAGCCGCGAGUCAGCGGCUUGGUAGUCUUCCGGCAGCUUGGGCCCGGUGCCCAGCUCGAAGCCUUCUUCGACUUGGAGGGCUUCCCGGUCGAGGCCAACCUCUCCAGCCGCGCCAUCCACGUGCACCAGUUCGGGGACCUGAGCCAGGGCUGCGACUCCACCGGCGCCCACUACAACCCGCUGGCCGUGCAGCACCCGCAGCACCCGGGAGACUUCGGGAACUUCGCCGUGCGCGACGGCCGCCUCUGGAAGUACCGCUCGGGCCUGGCCGCCUCGCUCGCAGGGCCGCACUCGAUCGUGGGCCGCGCCGUGGUGGUGCACGCCGGCGAGGACGACCUGGGCCGCGGCGGCAACGCGGCCAGCGUGGAGAACGGCAACGCGGGCCCCAGGCUGGCCUGUUGCGUGGUGGGCGCCAGCGGGCCCGCGCCCUGGGCGCGCCAGGCGCAGGAGCACGCAGAGCGCAAGAAGCGACGGCGCGAAAGCGAGUGCAAGGCCGCCUAGCAGGCCCUGACGCUCGGCGGGUGCCCGAAAAGUCCGCGCGCCCCGGACGCCCCUCUGCGUUGAAGUUUCUCCCUGGCCGCGGCCUCCCCAGGCCCCCUCCCCCGUGCAUGCAUAGAAACCCCCUUUCCAUCCUGAGUCCUCCCCCCCCCCCCCGCCCGACCCCGCCGCGGGUGCUCUGAGCCCAUUCACAAUGGAGGCCUCCCUGCGCCCUGAAGUCCGUUCCCUAUGCCCCACCCAUGCCAGCCCCCACCCCAAGAGCCCUGAGACCCCUCCCUCGGACGCCCUCCUGAGGUUGCCUAGGGCUCCCCCCCCCCCGCUCCGCCUGCCAGCCUGCAACCUGCCCAGCCCCGAGUGUGGGCCCAACCCAGCGUCUUCAGCUGUCUCCCACUCCACGGGGAGCUGCCCCUAUGGGGGCCUUGGGAGUGUUUAGCCAUCUUUGCCUAACACAUUAAAAACGCAGCAAUUCAAUCCUGCA